GUUUGAAAAAAAAAUGGAAAGUUUUCUGACCCACUUUAAAUCAGUGUUUCAGUAAAAGACUAAUGAUAAACUCACCUAAGGAAGAGGCUUGGUUUCCAUGAGGUUAGUAGUUAUUACUCAAAGGAGAAAUUGACAUGCUCAUAUUAUCUGCUUGAUUGUAGAUUUUAAUGUAGGGAUUGGGGAAACACUGUUGAUGGUUUGCAGUUGUUUUAAGUUGAUGUGAUAUGACACAUUUUCUUUCUUGCAUGGCUUGGUCUCUAACACAGCUUUCAGUCAUUAUCUCAGUGCUUUGAGACUAGUAAAGAGGAUGUGUUAAAGGCAAGCCCCAUUUACUCAGGCGAUAAAGGCACUACACGUUGUUUGGAAGUCACCAGACACAGAAUGCCUUUCUAUCAAACACUUCACAUGAAUAAUGGCUGUUCAAUGUUCUUUUGACCAUACAGAUUGGGUUUGUUUUUCACAGAUGUCCAAACAGUUUUGUGAUCUGGUUCCAUCAGAUGAAAACAGCCUGGUGUGCACUAGGUAGAGGAAACAUCAAAAACCAAUAGUAGAAAAAAGAAAAUUAGUCACUCAAAGGAGUUGCACAGAUGGUCUUCAUCCGGGCAAAAUGCCUACCAAGAGUUAGAAUGACCAAUGGUGAGGAAACAGGACCCAAAUGUUGAAAAAGGAUUCUGCCUGCCAUCUCUCAGCACUCACCUUUAACAAUGACUCUAUAAAAACGUCCUCAUUGUUAAUCAUGCCUUUAAUUCGUCAUGUCAUAUAAAAAGAGAAUUUUCUCCAGCAGGGAUUCCAGCACAGGAUGAAGCCUGUACUCACCCCCAAAGUGUUCUCAUCCAUCAGCUCACUGUUCAGGACGGCCCUCAGGAGCACAGCCAUGUGGAUACAAACAAGCAUUAUGCUGGAGAGGAACAAUGAUGCUAUCAGAAAGCAACAACAAGGAAUCCUCCACUCCAGGGUGAUCCUGAAUAAGCUAUAGCCUCAUCACACUAAGUUCAAAAGGAUCAGGAUGCAGAACCAAGGCACUAGACAACUCAGUGGGGUUAUUGAGAUGCAGUUUCCGGAAUUGUCUCCACAACACCUGGCCAAGGAAUCUGUGAGGGAAAGAAAGAUCAAAUGGAAAAUCAAGGUACAUGACACCAGAAGACCUACAUGUUACUUCAAACUUUUUCUUCCUCAUGAACCAUUAAAAUAGAGCAUAACUCUUCUGGCAGCUGUACAUAUGUUCAUAAAUACAUGAUAUUGACCCAUAGCAUAGCAGCUCUGCUCAGCUUCUAACAAGUAAGAAUGAAAAGAGGACAUGGUCUUUAGGAACAUGAAUUUCUGCCCUUCCCAUUUUCCUUCAGAAGAAGAGAUUCUUCUAUGACCUCAUUGGGGGCGGAAAUUUUAACCAAAAUGGUGUCACCCCUGAACCCACUGCGACACGCCACGUAAGUGACCACAGAAGGAGAAAAGCCCUAUAAAAAGAGAGACGAUAGCGCUACAUUUUGUCCAUCUCAUAGCAGGCACAAACUCAUCCAUCCCCAGUUGAUUGGAAGAAACAACGAUGACUCCUGGGAAGACCUCAUUGGUGUCACUGCUACUGCUGCUGAGCCUGGAGGCCAUAGUGAAGGCAGGAAUCGCAAUCCCACGAAAUCCAGGAUGCCCAAAUUCUGAGGACAAGAACUUCCCCCGGACUGUGAUGGUCAACCUGAACAUCCAUAACCGGAAUACCAAUACCAAUCCCAAAAGGUCCUCAGAUUACUACAACCGAUCCACCUCACCUUGGAAUCUCCACCGCAAUGAGGACCCUGAGAGAUAUCCCUCUGUGAUCUGGGAGGCAAAGUGCCGCCACUUGGGCUGCAUCAACGCUGAUGGGAACGUGGACUACCACAUGAACUCUGUCCCCAUCCAGCAAGAGAUCCUGGUCCUGCGCAGGGAGCCUCCACACUGCCCCAACUCCUUCCGGCUGGAGAAGAUACUGGUGUCCGUGGGCUGCACCUGUGUCACCCCGAUUGUCCACCAUGUGGCCUAAGAGCUCUGGGGAGCCCACACUCCCCAAAGCAGUUAGACUAUGGAGAGCCGACCCAGCCCCUCAGGAACCCUCAUCCUUCAAAGACAGCCUCAUUUCGGACUAAGGACUCAUUAGAGUUCUUAAGGCAGUUUGUCCAAUUAAAGCUUCAGAGGUAACACUUGGCCAAGAUAUGAGAUCUGAAUUACCUUUCCCUCUUUCCAAGAAGGAAGGUUUGACUGAGUACCAAUUUGCUUCUUGUUUACUUUUUUAAGGGCUUUAAGUUAUUUAUGUAUUUAAUAUGCCCUGAGAUAACUUUGGGGAAUAAGAUUCCAUUUUAAUGAAUUACCUACUUUAUUUUGUUUGUCUUUUUAAAGAAGACAAGAUUCUGGGCUUGGGAAUUUUAUUAUUUAAAAGGUAAAACCUGUAUUUAUUUGAGCUAUUUAAGGAUCUAUUUAUGUUUAAGUAUUUAGAAAAAGGUGAAAAGGCACUAUUAUCAGUUCUGCCUAGGUAAAUGUGAGAUAGAAUUAAAUGGCAGUGCAAAAUUUCUGAGUCUUUACAACAUACGGAUAUAGUAUUUCCUCCUCUUUGUUUUUAAAAGUUAUAACAUGGCUGAAAAGAAAGAUUAAACCUACUUUCAUAUGUAUUAAUUUAAAUUUUGCAAUUUGUUGAGGUUUUACAAGAGAUACAGCAAGUCUAACUCUCUGUUCCAUUAAACCCUUAUAAUAAAAUCCUUCUGUAAUAAUAAA